AAUUACAAAUAAAGUUAUAAAAAAUAUAUCUGGAAACGUACUAUUUUAGUACGUUACCUGUAGAAAUCGCCGUAUUAUCUUCGCGCAUAAGCUGUCCUGCCGUAAUCCGAUAGCAAAAUAAACUCCUUUGAAACAGCCGGAAGGAAAAGGCGUUCCUGCACUGAAUUUUGAUUUUUUUUAACCCCCAGCAGGAACUUAAACAAUCCCUCACCAUUGCUGGUAUCGUAUUGUGGGCAGUUCCAUGCAUUUUCGUAUUUCUGAUGUCAGCGUGGGAGCGGGAAAAAAAUAAACAAACUUUCUUCUCUUACUACCAAGCAUGACGUAAGGAAAAGGGCGACAACAGUGAUUAAUUUCCAACCGCGGGAUGCAGCGCCUAAGUUAGUAGAUUGUACUGUACGUUGCUUUCAGGUGGAAUCUGAAAAUAAAAACAGUCGGAAUUGAAAUAUUUGAAGAGUGUCUCGUUGUUUUCUAUUAUUUGGAUUGUGGAUAGAGACAUAAAUAUGUGAUUGCUAACUGAAAUGUCAUAUUGGUUGAACUGAAUUGUAUUUGCGAAGAAGAUGCCUGGUCUUGUUCAGAGUGAUUGUAGUGGACUUAUAAAAGGCAGUCCUUUGAAAAGGAACAGACUUUCUCUGAAGUUCUUGCAGAAAAAGGAAACAAAAAGGGCAUUGGAUUUUACAGUUACACAGAAUGGUGAAGGGACAAGUGAACCAAGGGGCUCUGAGAGCAGUAACCUUAAUAGAUUUACUGAUAUAGUCAAGAAAUAUUGGCCCACACUCACUAGCAGUACUGAAAUCAGAAAAAUAGUGGGUGAUCACACAGGGUUCUCAUUUAAGAAUGAGAGGUCCUUAAGGAACUUGUGUUAUCAGGACGACAAGAGAGUGGAUGAUGUUUUAUACUACUGCCCUGGUUUUAGAACUGGAGUUAAGCACUUAUAUGACAUUGUCUCAAACAAAAGAGAAAAGGCUAAGCUUGAUGGUGAAGCAAAAUAUGAAAAGUUAAGAGAGCUUAACCCAAUGUAUGAAGGGUAUCUACAGCAUGAUGCUCAGGAAGUGUUGCAGUGCAUUCUUGGGUAUAUUCAGGAAGCAUGCCAAAUGUUAAAGAAAGAAGAAAUGAAAUCUACAGCAGUAAAUCCUUCUGUUGUCAUUGGGAACACUCCAGUAGUUUCAGAUGAUCAGCAAGUAAGGGAAAAUAGCCCCUUUGAAAGUGGAGUGAACUGUAUAAAAAGAGAAAGUGAGACUGAUUCUGUAGAACUUCCAUUUGAGGAGGAUGCUAAAAAAGGCGUCAGUGGGAAGAGAAAGAGUGAAUCUGAUGGUGGAAAUAAUAAGAAAAAAACUAAAAUAGUUAGAGAACAGCAAGUGUUUGAGGAAGAAAAGAGAACAACUAGAUCGAAGAGAAAGUCCAUAGAUGUCAUGGAAAGUCAGGAAGAGCCAAAUAAAAGGAAAGGUGAAAAUGAUGCAACAGCACCUGCUGAGAAGAAAACACGUCUUCGAUUAAGUUGCUUUAAGUUGUCAACUAAACAACCCAGUAUACUGUCAAAGUUUAGUAGUAUGGGUAAGUUGACUACAAAUUUGGGAGGAAAAAAUAAUUUGAAAGACAAUGACCAGUGUGAUAAUGAUCUGAACUCUCCAAAGCAUAAUGAAAGUAACAGUGAGGGGAAGAAGAGCUCUUUUGCCCCUGAUGAUGCCCUCUCCAAAAAGGAUGCACAUUCAGAACAUGCAAAAAUGUGUAUAGUGGAUGAAGAUAAAGCUAGUAAAGACAUUUCUGGGCUGGAUUUGAUGGAACAGUUGUUUCAAGGUCAGCUUUUACUAAGGACUAGAUGUUUAGAAUGUGAAUGCUUUACCGAGCGGAGGGAAGAUUUCCAAGAUAUUAGUGUACCUGUACAAGAAGAUGAUCCUCCUCAUGAAGACGACAACUCUGAAAUUUCUCCAGAGCCGAAAUCUGAGAAGAAGACUCUGAAGUGGGCCAUUUCUCAGUUUGCAUCUGUGGAAAGAAUUGUAGGUCAAGAUAAAUAUUUUUGUGAAAACUGUCGUCAUUAUACAGAAGCCGAACGAAGUCUCCUAUUUGACAAAAUGCCUGAAGUUGUUACUAUUCAUUUGAAGUGCUUUGCAGCUAACAACUCUGAGUUCGAUUGCUAUGGGGGUCUUUCAAAAGUCAACACUCCUUUACUGACUCCUCUAAAGCUGUCAUUGAAAGAGUGGAGCUCAAAGUCAAUAGAUGAUCACUAUGAGUUAUUUGCAGUUGUAAUGCAUAAUGGCAUUACUAUUAGCAGUGGACAUUAUACGGCAUAUGUGAAAACAGCAGAUCUCAACAAUUUGGAAAUCUCUGAAUUAUUGGCACAAGACCUUGUCAAGUCAGAAUCUUUAAAUGAGCAAGAAGUAAGGCCAGACUAUACAGAUGGCUGUAAUAACAGUGAUGUAUUUAAAUUAGGUGGAAAUUCCCAGUCAUCAGUAGCAAAGGCUUCUAGUAAAAAGAUUGCAGAAGGUACUGGACUUCUAGGAGGACAGAAGAAUAAAUCAGACUUUGAAGUCUGUUCCACCAGAAUAAUUGGUCACGAGAGCUCAACUGAUAAUACAGCAAAAGGUGGUAAUUCAGAUGUCCGUGACAUUGGGAAUUCAGCUGUAAUUUCAAAAACGGAUGAAGAACCUUCCUCUAAGGAAAUCAGCAGUAGUAGAUCUUCAGAUAAUGCUUGUACCUUUAUUAACUUAAAGGAAUAUGAGGGGAAGUGGAUACUUUUUGAUGAUUCUGAAGUAAAGGCUACUGAAGAAAAGGAGUUCCUGAGUUCUCUUUCUCCAGAUACAUCCUCUACUUCUACACCAUAUUUGCUGUUCUACAAAAAAGUUUCUGCAUAUCAAGUAUGACUUUGUAUUACUUCUGUAAAGUGACUUUUACUCCUGAUGCCCAUUAUAUUUGGGUUUGUGAGAAUCAUGUAAACUUCUUUUUUGGUUCUUUCCCAUUAAAGACGAUAGCCUUCUGAGCUUGAUAGUCUCAGCCAUAUUUAUUCUGAUUACCUUCUAAUGUGGUAAAGGUUCAGGUGAGCGUUUUUGUAGAGCUAUCUGUUGGAGAGGGAUGGUUGAGCUUGACAGAGGUUUGUGUGGUCCUUCUCUAUCCAUUCAGUGUAUGUGGUUUUCUUUUUUAAAGAUGUUAAACGCUUUGUUUUCACUGUGCAACAGUAAUCCAGUCAUACAAUGAUUGCUGUUUCCUGCAGGGUGGCAGGCAGGCACUGUACACUGAGAUGUCUGGCUACUUUAAAUUAGAAAAUAAAUAUUUGCAUUUUAUGCCAUUUAUAUUGUAGCUGUUAUCACAAUUCUGCUGAUGUGAAUUGAGUAGAAUAACCCGCAUUCAUGUCUUCAGGUCUUGUGUUAUUGCCUUUACUCUUACAGUUGUACAUGCAGUUUGUAGUCUGUAUACAUUUAAGGAUUUGUAAUCACAGAUUAAAAUGUGAAACUUUAUUUUAAAGGAGUGCCUUUGUACAUGUUUAUAUAAUAUACUUCAUAUGUAGCGAUUUUAGUAGAGUUGUAUUUUUAUAUUGCCUGUGAACUCCAUUGAGCAACAUUCUGAUAUUCUUUAAGCUGAAAUUACAGAUGGCAAAGAAAUUUCUUAAGACCCUUCAAUAUGCUAUCAUGUAGUAGCUGUAUCUGAGUGCAUUGUCUCUGAUUCACAGUAAGGAUAGUGGAAGUUGUGUUAGCAGUAAAGACAAUAAUACACACUUAAUAACGUGUAGUACAAGCAUUCAAAUGUUAUUUUGUAUUUUACUUACUUGCUAAAAAAUAUAUCACAUUUCCACAGUAAA